GUGUGUGUGUGUGUGUGUGCUGUGACAUUUCCGUUGAUCUGCGCUUUAAUUAUUUCUAUAGAUAUAUUUUUAAAAAUAAGUGUUCCUGCUAAUGAUAAUGUACAUCACGCCAAAAUGUCCUUAAUUUUAUUUAUGUAAAAUCAUUGCCACUACGUGAGCACGCAUGCGCGUUGCGAAUAACUGACCUGCUGAUCGUCUCCAUAAUUAGUCAUCAUUUAUUUUGUGUUGUCGUACGUGAGUGUUUGUAAACAUCAUCUGUUGUCGACGACAUUUGGCCUAUUAAAAAAAAAGGAGCCACGCGGUUUCCUUUUAAAUAGAAUGCACACUAGUUUUCGAAAUGAGCGCAAUAGAAGCGGACGACCAAAAUUUGUUGGGUUCGUUGCAAAGGCUCGAAUUAGACAGGCCUAAAACGAAGGGCGCAGGCCAGGACAACAAAGCCAACCCUUUCAACAGCUUCCGCAGAAGAUCGAGGUCCCUGUCCAGCAUUAACUUCGGGUCAAGCUGCAAGUGUUCUAAGAAGUCGGCCACCGUGAAACAUACCACUUCCUUCAAAAAGUCUACGAAGAAGAUCCUGCGCGAGCCCGUGCUUAAAUUUAUUAAAUGUCAUGGGGACAAGUGCGCAGAGAAACCCAAAAAGUUGUUCGGUCAGUGUACAAAACACGCGGAAAAGGACUUCAAGUCGCUCGUCGAUGCGUGCGAACAUUUAACGCUGGGCAAUGCCCAGAUUAGAAAAAGGUAUUCGGGUCCAUGUUUUCUAAAUGUUAGGACAUCGAUCGGGGGCGCCAAGCCCGAGAACGGCUCCGCCAACAUGGCUAGCUGUUCUCACCAGGCCCGCAUGAACUCGCUGCCGCCAUGCGACGUUACCAUCGACGAGCUGGCCAGUUACUUCGAGACGUCGGUUCAUAUUCCUAAAAAGAUGAGUACAAUGGCUGAGAUGAUGUAUAUUUAACGUUUCUUUGUGAUUAUAAUUAUAUCCCGCCACCUUUUAUUAUUUUAGUUUAUUGUAAACUUCCGCGAUCAAGAUCUGUUUGCUUUCAUUCGGUAAACCAUUGAAAUAAAAAAUU